AUGACGGUCAAACUCUUCAAUUAUUUUGGAAAUGAGAAUCAUAAUCUGGCUUUUUCAUCCACAAGCAAUAUUCCUAUACAAGAACCCACAACAUUCACUUCAACUCCAGAUGUUAACAUUGAGAGUGAUUACUCUGGUGAUGAGACGGUAAUAGAUGAUUCUCUCAGUGAUAGCUCAUGUGAAUUCAAUGCCGCAGAUGCAAAUUAUGACUCAAGUUCCAGCUAUGAUGACGAAGAUGUCUAUGACUCCAAUUCUACAUCAUUUUAUUCUUUAAAUAUUGGUUAUUCUGAUAUUGGUGAUCCUAUAGUUGAAUGCACACAAUGUGGGGCACUUAUGUGGUAUCAAGAAAAAACUGACAAGCGAAAACAGAGUGCAGUUCCUAAGUUUCAACUAUGUUGUGGAAAGGGGAAAGUUGUGUUGCCACUUCUGAAAACACCACCACUAUUACUACAACGUCUUUUGUUUGAUAAUAGUGAGAUAGACAGUCGAAAUUAUCAACAAUUUUGUAGAAUGUACAACAUGAUGUUUGCUUUUACGUCUCCGGGAAUGAAAUUCGACAACAGAUUUUUAGCUGGAAGUGGACCACCUAACAUAAGAAUUCAUGGACAGACUUGCCAUCGAAUUGGGAGCAUGUUACCUUUAACUGGACAAUCUCCAAAAUUUGCUCAACUGUAUGUUUACGACACCGACAAUGAGAUUUAA